AUGGUCGACAGUCCCGAGAUCGGCAUCCCCUACCUGUACAAGGGUCUCAUCACCUGGGCCUUCUUCUGGGCUUUCCUUGACGCCUUCACCAUCGGAGCCAACGACGUUGCCAACGCCUUCGCUAACGCUGUUGGAGCUAGGACCAUCUCCUUCAGGACAGCUGUCUCGAUCGCGUGCGUUUGCGAGCUUGUUGGUGUGAUUGCUCUGGGCAGCACUGUGACCGAUGCUGUGCGCAAGAAGAUGGUCAAGGUGGACUGGUUCAAGCAUGAUCCUUACGUCCUUGCUCUGGGCAUGAGCUGCGUCAACCUUGGCUCUGGUGGAUGGGUGUUCAUCGCCACCACGCUGUCUAUGCCUGUCUCGACUACUCACUCGGUUGUUGGCGCCAUCCUUGGUAUCGGUAUUGCAACCUGGGGUGCUUCUGGAGUGAACUGGGGCUAUGACGGAGGGUUUGGUGGAGUUGUUGCAUCCUGGUUCAUUUCACCCAUCCUCUCUGGAGUGUUGGCUGCGAUCUUCUACCUCAGCACCAAGUUCCUCGUGCUCAAGCAUCCCGACGAUGUCGCCGUCAGGCGCGGCAUUGCGCUCCUUCCCGUCUACUUCUUCUUCGCCUUUGGCGUCGUGGCCGGCUUCAUGGUCAUGAAGGGAAUCCCUGCAUUGAAGAAGACACCUUACAAAGUUACUGUGCCCGUCACGUUUGGAAUUGCUAUCUUCUUUGGCAUCGUCGGUUACAUUUUUUGCGUGCCAUGGACUCGUCGUGCUAUUUGCAUCUUCCCUGGAUUCUUCAUGGACAUCGGAGGCCUCAAGGAGGAGGAUGCUGCCAUGCACGCCAAGGCCUUCCAGGCUUACUCCAAGACCGAGGAGAUGUUCAAGAUGCUUCAGCUCACCACCUGCUGCUUCUUCUCCAUCUCCCACGGCGCCAACGACAUGGCUAACGCUGUCGCUCCCUUCGCUACUGUCUGGAUGGUCUACAGCACCGGCACGGUAUCAAGCAAGGCGGAUGUCCCCAUGUGGCUUCUGGUCUACGGAGGUCUCGCGCUCGACGUCGGUUUGUUGACUAUGGGCUACUACAUCAUGGACGCUCUUGGCAACCGCCUGACCCUUCAGUCUCCUUCCCGCGGCUUCUGUAUCGAGCUGGGAGCUAUGUUCACUGUGAUGACCUUCUCUCGUCUCGGAGUUCCUGUCUCCACCACUCACUGCAUCUCCGGUGCCACCACUGCUGUCGGACUUUGCAACGGAGACGUCGGAGCUGUCAACUGGAAGCUCGUCGGUGUCAUCUUCGGUGGAUGGCUUCUCACUUGCCCAUGUGCCGGCAUUGUGACUGGUCUGCUCUACUGGGCCAUCGCCGCUGCUCCAUCGCCCGUGGCAGGCAACGGAUUCUUCAGUGGUUAUCACGGUUAA